UUGUAGCCUUUUAUAUUAUUCUAUAUUUACUAUUUAGUUCUCAUAUUUCGUUACUUCUGGAUCAAUCGGAUCUUUAUUGUUCAGCUUCGAAACAUGGACGAUUACGACGGCGAAUUCGCUUAUCACCCACCUCCAUCAUUCGAUCGCGCGGAAAAAGUGGUGAAGGAUGUUGAAGCCAAAGGAUUCAACCCAGGAUUGAUUGUGUUGAUUCUUGUUGGUGGGCUACUAUUGGCAUUCCUCAUUGGUAAUUACGUACUCUACAUGUAUGCACAGAAGACCCUUCCUCCGAGGAAGAAGAAGCCUGUCUCCAAGAAGAAGAUGAAAAGGGAGAGACUGAAGCAAGGUGUUGCAACAGCAGGAGAAUAGAAUUUGAGAGACUCUUUCCUUCUUUCAUGUUGGGCUGUCAUCUUUAGAGUUUUCAUCCAUUUUCAUGUUUGGUACUAUUGCCAAGAAAUGGUUGCACUACAGUAAUUUCUCUCUUUUUCUCUCACCAUAUUGGUAGAAGUUGAGAAUUAUAGUAGUGACUUCUUUUUCUGUCAUCAAGAGAUGGUUCCUUUCAAUAAUUGUGACUUCAAUAUUGAAAUGAACAAGUUGAGGUAAUUUAUAUUAAUAUGGGAGCUUCUUCUU